AUGCAUCUUAUGUACACUCUCGACGACCAGGGGAAGCGUGUCUACACCCUCAAGAAGGUGCUGAACGGCCAAGUUACAAAAUCGGCACACCCGGCUAGAUUCUCGCCUGAUGAUAAAUAUUCCAGACACCGAGUCACACUUAAAAAGCGUUACGGAUUGCUCCUGACGCAACAACCUGGUAUGCUCGUUAUUUACGCCCGAAUAUUUUCAUGCCUUCUGACGCUGCGCUCCUAUAGAACCGAAAAUGUGAAACUCUUUAACGGCAAGCUUUGGCGAAUCGGCGUUUAA